GCCCCACCCCUCUUUUUCUAACCACGUGUAGUCCCAAAUUACUUUCUUCUUUCUUAAAAAUGUCUUUCCGUGGCAGAGGAGGAGGACGAGGUGGUGGACGGGGUCGAGGUGGUGGUGGCUUUAGCAGAGGAGGCCGAGGCGGCGGGAGGGGAGGCUACAACUCCUACAACCAGGGACCACCUGAUCAUGUAACAGAGAUUGGUGAGUACAUGCACCCGUGUGAGGGAGAGCUGGUGUGUAGAAACACUAACGAGAAGAUACCAUACUUCAACGCUCCCGUUUAUCUCGAGAACAAGUCGCAGAUUGGAAAAGUUGAUGACAUAUUCGGUCCCAUCAAAGACAACUAUUUCUCAGUCAAACUCAUGCCAAACAUGGAGGCAUCCUCGUUCAACAAAGCACAGAAGUUCUUCAUAGAUCCAAUGAAGCUUCUUCCUCUCAUGAGGUUCCUACCACAACCAGGUCAGAAAGGAAUGAAACGAGGCGGUGGAAGAGGUCGUGGAGGUCGCGGAGGUCGUGGAGGGUUCACUCCGAGGGGUGGGCGUGGCUUCAGCUCACAAGGGGGCGGUGGACGUGGCUUCAGAGGAGGUGGUGGAAGAGGGUUCAGAGGUCGUGGGAGAUAAACUCAGUAGACGCUAUAAAUAAUUAUCAUGUCAUUACUUACAUUCUUUGUGUCUUUUCUUUAAUAAUAUUGAACAUCGACAAUAAUCACAAAAA